AUGUCUGAUAUUGAGGAACAAGAAUCCAGGUUGUCAUCAUUGCUUUUCAACAAAUCCAAAAAAUUUACUGAACAGCUAUCAACUCUGACGGAUUCAUUGAAGUAUGAAGAACGAAAGCCUGCUUGGAUUGAUGAAGAUGACGAGCAGUUUGUAGCAAAUGGUGAACUUACUUCCAAAAGACAAAAUUCAUAUACAAAUAAACUUAAGCAGAAAUAUGAAAUAUUAAUGGGGACACCAACUUGGGCAAGCCUGAAUAAAAAAGAGAAGCAAGAAGAAGAGGAUGACAAUGAAUUAUUAAGAACUGUUGGUCAUUUAAAGAAACAAAAGUUGACUAGCCUCCGAAAAGAUUUUUUAGAAUUUAAGAAGUUCCCAAAAAUUAAUGCUGAAACAGGAAAUGAAGGACCUAUUAUUUCAUGUUUAGAGUUUCAUCCUAAGGUUAGUGUUGCACUUGUGGCUGGUCAAUCUGGUAUAGUCUCAUUGUUUGGUGUAGGUGGUGAUGUUAACAAUAAACUCCAUAGUUUCAAGUUAAAGAAAUGGAAUGUCACUGCUGCUCAGUUUACUCCUGAUGGGUCAAAAGCUUUCAUUGCUUCUAAAAUUAACCACAGUUAUUGUGUCUAUGAUUUGGUAAAGGCAGAACCUAAAUUGAUACAGUUGCCAAAAAUUGUGAAGAGGCCCAAAAUGUUUAAAUUAUCAUCUGAUGGUAAAUAUAUUGCUGCCAGUGAUGGUCUAGAUGAAGUGUAUAUUAUAUGUGCUAAGUCCAAGGAGCUUUUGCGAUCACUGAAGCAUAAUACCAAUGUUGAGUCAGCUACGUUUAGUUCUAAAAGUGAUAAGUUAUUUUGUUAUGGCAUUCAAGGUGAAAUCACAGUAUGGGAUAUGUCAACAUUUAAAGUUUUAAAUAAAUUUUAUGACCAAGGUUGUGUAACAGCUUCAGAGAUAACAGCUAGUUCAUGUGGAAGAUUAUUAGCAACAGGUAGCGGGGAAGGUAUUGUUAAUGUUUAUGAAAUGCCCACAUUAACUUCUUCAGAUCCUAUUCCAAUUAAAACAAUUUCAAACUUGAUAACUAAAAUCACAAAUAUAAGAUUUAAUGCUACAUCUGAAAUACUAGCAUUGUCCUCAGGUUAUUAUCCUAAUGCGAUAAAACUUGUACAUUUACCAUCUUACCAUGUAUUUUACAAUUUUCCUCACCAAGAAAACUUGUAUCAAGUAGAAAAAGUAAGCUUUUCUCCAAAUAGUGGUUAUAUGGCUUUAAGCAAUAAUAAAGGAUGUGCCUAUUUGUACCGAUUGAAACAUUAUAAAAAUUACUAA